AAACAUUUUCUGUGUGAAGGUCUGGAUGUGGCUGUGCGGGUCAAUUUGACUCGGAACAUCGAUGAGCCUUUUGUCUUUGUCCCUCUUUCCCGCAACACAGGCGCAGACAAUCGAAUCGAGGCGUCGAUCGUUUAAGGAAUGGGGAAGAUCCAUGACCGAGGAGGAAUAUCUGCGUCGGGACGCCGAAAUGGAUAGUGAUGAGCACGCGUCCAAUAGAAGACUGACAACUUGGGUUUUAUGUUCACGGGAAGACCCCGAAUCACUGGGAUUCAAGUGUUCGUGCGAAACCUUUCGGCGCAGGGGUCUAGUCCUUCGAAGAAAUAGUGUGCAGCUAGAUAACGAUGCACUAGGGGAAGUAGUUUGCUAUGCAAUCGCGUCGGUAUUUACGCCGGAACGGUUUCGACGCCAAGGGUACGCGAAACAUAUGAUGCGCCUGCUACACUGGGUACUAGCUUCUCCUUCGUCUUUGCCAUCUACGUUUCCGGCAGCAUGGGGUUUACCCCCGGAGAAGCCUUCUUGGUUGGCACAUGGUCAUUUCUCAGCGUUGUGGAGUGAUGUCGGCCAUUUCUAUCAAUCCUGCGGCCCUACGACUGACACCCAAGGCUGGAUAGUAAGAGACGCUAUUUCUACCAUAUGGAAUGUUGAAGCUGGCGACACGGACGUCGAUACUAGUAGACGGUGGCAAUGGCUCAGUGCAAGUGAUGUGGAAACACUGCAUUCUAUUGACGACCAGAGAAUCAAGGCGGACAUGGCGGCCAUGUCGCUGGCUUCGAGCGUUGGGGAGACUUUCUUCACUUUCUUGCCUGGACAAGGUGUUGAAAAGUUCCAAAAAAGCAGGUUGGAGCAUGUCUGGGGAAAGUUCAAGCCUUCAGUAGAACACUGGGGCGUCGUCUGUGGGCCCAUAGAGCCCGGCAAGACCAUGACAACAUCCGAUGAACAUACUGCAAUGGCGACGUGGACCUUCGAGAUGAAACCGCCGACUCUCCUCGUUACUCGUCUACGGGCAGGCAAGGAAAAUUUUUUGGACCUGGUGUCAGCCCUGAAGUUCGUUGCCAGAAUGCACGGGAUGGAGAGAAUAGAAAUCUGGAAUCUACCGGAAGUACACAAGAGUAUAGCGCAGGAGCACGGUGCAGUGCAUAUAGAACGAGAAGAGCAUCUUCCAGCGUUCAAGUGGAAUGGAGCGGAGGCCUCGAACAACGUUGUAUGGCUGAAUAAUGAGAAGUGCGUUCCUUCCUUUUACAAAAAAAAACAUUUUGAGGCUAAUGUUGUCAAGGUUCUGCUGGUGCUGAGCAUUAUAGGCAACUCCUGGUGA